GAGAGGAUCACAGUGGCUUUAAAAUGUUUUACAGCGCUCUGUUGAUCUCUGCAAGACAGGAGAUACACGUCGUCUAACGUGGACCCACGCUGAGGAUCCGUUCCCAUCGAUUUAGCAAGUACUCCUUUGCUGGAAAGGGGAGUCACUUGAAUGAAUUAGAUCUAAUGAAUCAGUGGAUGUUGACUGGGACAAUGAAAGUACAUUUACUGCUGUUGUUUAGAAUAUGCAUCCAGUAAUCGGCAAGAAAUUACAUUUUAAAAUGUGCACAAAAUAGUAAUUUAUAUAGUAAUAGUAGUUUAUGUGUAUUUACAUUAGUGGGCUAGUCAUUGCAUUCAGUUGGUUUUAAUGAUAAAGGACAGCUACAUCACUCAAAGAUGGAUGAAGUGAUUAUGGAUCAGAUCAUGUAUGUUGCUCAUCAAGCGGUGUCUUGGAUCGCAUCUGUUGCCAUCAUAUUUGGAGGGGUUGUGCCAUACAUCCCUCAGUACAGGGACAUCCGCAGGACCCAGAGUGCUGAGGGAUUCUCCACAUAUGUGUGCCUGGUGCUGCUGGUUGCCAACAUAUUAAGAAUACUGUUUAGGUUUGGACGUUACUUUGAGACUCCGCUGCUUUGGCAGAGUAUAAUCAUGAUCAUCACGAUGUUAAUCAUGCUGAACCUGUGCACCAGCAUCCGCAUGGCCACCGAACUCAACACCAAACGCCGCUCCUUCACAGCAACAGACAGUAAGGAUGAAGAAAUCAAAGUUCCUAAGAGGCUCUUUCUGGACUUUGAUUGGAACUACUUCUGGUCUUGGAGUCAUUUUGUGGAUUACCUGCAGUGUGUGCUAGUGUUCACGGUGCUGGCCGUCUAUGUGACGUAUCUGCUACUGGACUCAGUUCUGUUCGUAGAGAGCCUGGGUUUUCUGGCCGUAUUCACAGAGGCCAUGCUGGGAACUCCACAGCUCUACUGCAACUACCAGAACAAAUCUACUGAAGGCAUGAGACAACUCGUCAUCAAGGCUUUCGCCGCCAAUUUUGAGCAACUGCAGCGCCUGACCUAG